UGGUACUUUCGACGCGUCUGCGAGCACUUACCUCAGUUCGCGUGUGGAGGUCGUAGGUGGCGGUUGAGUGUCUCCUGUUGGAGAGUAAUUUGGGAAAACGCUCUCUCCGUCCUCAGCCUCGAAAGGAAGGCAUCUGCUGGCCCUUCCUUUUCGUCUUCGGUGAGGCGUCGACGGCCUGUGGUGGAAGUUUCCUGGUGACGGGGUCGGUUCCAGUUGUUUUCAGGCGCCGAGUUUCCGGGCGGGGAGACUUGCAGCCUCGGGCCGACAUGUCCCAGUACGUGAACGACCUGUGGCCCGGCUCGCCGCAGGACAAGGAGUCCCCGUCGACGUCCCGGUCGGGCCGGUCCAGCCGCCUGUCCUCGGCGUCCAGGAGCCGAUCGUCUUCCCGAAGCUCUCGGUCCCGCUCCAGCGCCCCGAGCCGGGCGUCGUCGCGGAGUCGGAGCCCGCCCCGGGGGAGGAGCAGGUCCCGGUCCCGCAGGCGCCACCAGCGGAAGUACCGGCGCUACUCGCGCUCGUACUCGCGCAGCCGGUCGCGCUCUCGCGGCCGCCGCUACCGGGAACGGCGCUACGGGGCGCCCGGGAGGUGCCGCCGCUCGCCGUCGCGGCCCCGCUCCCGCAGCCGGUCCCGCUCGCGGGGACGCUCGUGCUACCGACGGGCCUACGCGCUGGCGCGGGGGCGGCGCUCCUACGGCUUCGGCCGCACCCUGUACCCGGAGGAGCGGCGCGCUUGGAGGGGCCGGUCCAGGAGCCGGAGCCGGUCGCGGAGCCCCAGCCCUUUCCGCCUGAGCGACAAGGAUCGAAUGGAGCUGUUGGAAAUAGCGAAAGCCAAUGCAGCAAAAGCUUUAGGAACCACCAACUUUGACCUACCGGCCAGUCUCCGAACUGUCCUUGCCUCUAAAGAAACAAACCGAGGAACAGCUGUAGCAAACAGUGGUGCAAAGUCUGAGCUGUCGGAAAAGCAAACAGAAGAUGGAACUAAAAAUCUCAAUGAAAAGUCUGGCCAGCAAAAGAGCAUAGCUUUUAGCUCUAAUAAUUCUGUAGCAAAGCCAAUGCUUCAGAAAUCAGCUAAAGCCACUGCUGAAGAGACCUCUACAGGAUCUCCCAAAAUAAAUAAGAAAAAAAGUCCAUAUGGACUGUGGGUACCUGUCUAAGGAAAGAAAAGUAAUUUAUGAGGUUGGCUGAAAUGCACUUCAUUGCAAGUUGUGUUCCAAGCAUUAUUCCAUCCCUGAGAGUCAUUUAGGGGUCAUUGUUGCAAUUACAAUGAUACAGUAAUGUGUAAAUCCUUUUUAUUUAAAUAUUAACAUUUGAGAUUUCUCUUGUAGAUAAGAGAUAACACACAUGGACCAGAGGAUUCAUACAGGUGGGAGUUUUGUACAUACGCAUGUAAAUAUUUUGUAUAAUAGCAAUGUAAUGUAAAGUGGAAUUUAUAAGAAAAACAGUAAUUCAAUUGUUUAUAUUUGUUAAUAAAUUUGUUUUUUUAAUUA